GGCUGCGCAACUGGCUAACAAGCAGGAAAAACUAUUAAUUUAAUUUAAAUAAACUUAAAACCUGGCGGAAGAGAUUAAUCUGGAUUACCGAAACAUUUGGUUCAAGUUUACUAAACUAUAACCCCCAACUAUAAGCUACAAAAAGAAUAUUAAACAAAAGCAUUUCAAACUCAAAGCGAGAAUAUUUCUUCGCCCAGAGUGUGAUUAGAAGAUAACAAGAAGUCCAAGGAGUACAAGGUAAAGGGGCAAGAAGAAAAUAAUAAUGGAGGCUUUUAGGACCGCAGCUGAUCGCAUAUUAAAUAUACCUGCGGUGGACGAAAACAACAAUAUUAUUGUUGAGAGUCUAAAUUAUCCCGACUACUUUUCAUAUUCCGAUUUCUAUGAUUUCCAAUCCUUCCGUUUGUUUCGCGAUAAGAUAUUGACCAAGGAACGACUUGCACUCCAGGAUAUGUACGAUAGACCUGGCAUGGUGCCUUUUGUCCGGACCAAAUUGUGGAUAAAGGAUUUGGAAUAUAACUACUAUUCACGAGAAUAUCUAGAAUCGUACGCUAGUAAUUUGGGACUAGAGGUAGUAAAACCACCGGGCUCCGAUUGCUCGUCAAAGGAAGGCGAACAACGAUUUGUACCCAAUCCGGAUACUCCGCCCCUUCUACAAGCUAAACGUAAGGAGGCCAUCUUUGAUUUGGAGUGCACAAAAUUUGUCCAAAAUGAGCGUGAGAAGCGUGCAAAACAACGUCAAAAUAAACAGUGAUCCUGGCUAAACGAGAGCAGUGACAACGAGACGGAGAUAUAAAACGAGAGCAAGACAAGGACAAUGAGACCGAGAGAGCAACGAGAAGAAGAUAGCAGCAAUGAGACAACGAGAAGAAAGACAAAGAGAAGAAGAAAACAAGGAGAACACAACGAGAAGAAUAUACCGAGAAUGAGGCAACGAGAGAAAGACAGCAACCAUGAAAGCCAGAACGAUGACAAGAUCUUCCACCGGAAUCUAUUAAUAACCUAGGGAUUAGCCUUAAUGCUUUUGAAUAUUUCCUAUUCCCACA